CAGGUCUCGGUCUGCCGCCGCCCCUCACCCGCCCCGGCACAGGCCGUGGAGCUGCGGAGCCUGUGGCAGGAGCAGGCGUGCGUGGUGGCCGGCUUGCGGCGCUUCGGCUGCAUGGUGUGUCGCUGGAUCGCUCGGGACCUCAGCAGCCUCAAGGGGCUCCUGGAGCAGCACGGCGUGCGCCUGGUGGGCGUGGCGCCCGAGGCCCUGGGCCUGCAGGAAUUCCUGGACGGUGGCUACUUCGCUGGAGAGCUCUACCUGGAUGAGAGCAAGCAGUUUUACAAGGAGCUGGGCUUCAAGCGGUACAACAGCCUGAGCAUCCUGCCGGCCGCCCUGGGGAAGCCCGUUCGUGAUGUGGCCGCCAAGGCCAAGGCUGUUGGCAUCCAGGGGAAUCUGUCUGGGGAUCUGCUGCAGAGCGGAGGGCUGCUGGUGGUUGCCAAAGGUGGUGACAAAGUCCUGCUACACUUUGUCCAGAAGUCCCCAGGUGACUACGCCCCCCAGGAGACCAUCUUGCAGGCCCUGGGCAUCUCUGCAGAGGCCUGCACCAGCGAGCCACCCCGGUGCGACGAAGAAGCGUGCUCGAGGUGAGGGCCCAGGCCUCCGGAGAUCUGGGCGGCGCCUCCUGCCCUGGGUGCACUGCAGCUGGAUACGAAGAGACUUCCUGGGAUCUCUGGGCUGGGGCUGAACUCUGCCUGGACUGCAGCAGCAGUGAGCAUUAAAAGGCGGUUUCUGGGCAGUG